GCAGCAUUCACAACAGCCCGCAGACAUCAUUGGCUGCGCACGGUGUCAAUCACAUGGAUUACCAUGAUGUCAUUGCGCUGCGGAAGGCGAUUGGCUGGCAGUCCUGCGUAAUCUCACCGCCGAGUCGCUAAGGGUUUGUUCACCAUGUUGGAUCAACUGCACAUCAUAGUUAGCCUGGUGACCAAUAGUUUGAUAAUGUCAGUGUCAACGGAGUGGCGGGGGCCCGGAGUGUAGAGCUUCAGGCGGCGGGGGGUGCUUCCUCUUCUCCGGCGAACACACUCAGCGACACCGACUCAAACGGAAGUACAGUUUGUGUGAUUUGGCGACAUCGCUUUGCUAGCUCCGAGCUGUCAGGUUGAAGACUGUUUAUCUCUAGUUUGGCAGCUGGAUACUUUAUCCUACAUUCAACGGAUUCAACUUUCCCCCCUGCAACGAUAUCCCCUGGAUAUGUGACUAUGAGCUGCGAGACGACAGUGUGACCAGGAACAAGGCUGUCGAUGGGGAAAAUAAGUUGCCUGCCAACCGUCUGCGAGGAUUUCUCAUCUCGUCUUUUGAGUCAUGGUCUCAGCUUGGUAACUCUGUCAGAAUGACGGGGGUUUCCUUCCAGAUGCGCGCCUCGCUGGAGUGUAUUUAAUAUGUGAGUAGAGUAAAGUGGAGUGGAGGACCGAGGCCUGGCCCUGCCUGCGCUCUCCUGUUGUGGCCUGGGUUUGGAUACAAGCUCCCGUGCACCGGAUCAGCAGCGUUAAUUUCGGCUCGGAGAUUACCCGUGUCUGGCCUGCGCACACACCGGGAGGAGGACUCAGUUUGGCGUUAUAGAUGCGAGCCGUGUGGAGCCCCUGUGGUGAGAAGAAGACCGGAGCCGAGGCAAACUUAGACACUUUUAAAAGAUGAGUGAUCUGCUUCCUAUGUGACAGGCUUUAGAUCACACUGUUCUAUCAACACGGGGAAUCUCAUCCGGAGGGAGGGGGCGCCACCUCUAUCAUGAGGGACAUCUAGGGCCACCGACUUUUUAUUUAUUGAGGGGGGCGCGGGUUACUUUUUAGUCCGAACUUUUUAUUCAUCAUUGUUGGCAGUGCAACUGUACAUAUUUUCAGACUUGGGUGGCCAUUACUGUACUCUCAUGACAUGCUUCCGAUAUUAGCCCCGGGCUACAGUAGCCUAAUGGUGUGAAAGCAAGAAAACUCAUUUAGAGGAAGUGGGUCAGAUCCUUGUUGGCAUUAUGAUGAGAAGGCACACCGCAAUGGUUUCUCUACCCACACUUUUAAAGUAGCAGGUGUUGUUGUUUCCACAUUUCCACUGUUUUUAAUAGUUCCAUCAGUCGACAGAUAGCUUGCAUCACUUUUAGAGGCGGCUUCUGGCGGGUCAUUGAAUGGCUCUUUGCGGCACAACGGCUACAAAUGUUCCAAAAAUGAUGGCUGCUUACAACGGUGGCUCCUCUACAGUAGCUGCCCAUCACCCGCAUCACCACCACCAACUCCAGCACCUUCCACCUCCCCACAUGCAUCACAACCACCACGCGGGCCAGCAUCACUUGCAGCACCCGGGCUCCGCCGCCGCCGUGCACACGGUGCAGCAGCACGGCUCCACGGCUGCUGCUGCCGCUGCGGUGAUGCUCAACCCCGGCCAGCAGCAGCCCUACUUCCCGUCUCCUGCUCUGGGACAGGCUCCCGGACCGGCUGCAGCUCCCGCCCAGGUCCAGGCGGCCGCCGCUGGGAAAGCUCACCACCACCAGCAGCAGCAGCAGCAGCAGCAGCAGCAGCAGCAGCAGCACCACCAGCAGCAGCAGCACCACCAUCAGCAGCAGCAGCAGCAGCACACGCUCCACCUUCAGCCGCAGCUGGACAUAGAGUCUGACAGGCCCAUAGGCUAUGGAGCGUUCGGGGUUGUCUGGUCAGUGACAGACCCCAGAGAUGGAAAGCGAGUUGCCCUAAAAAAAAUGCCGAAUGUCUUCCAAAACCUUGUUUCUUGCAAGAGGGUGUUUCGGGAGCUGAAGAUGCUAUGCUUCUUCAAACAUGAAAACGUUCUCUCUGCUCUGGACAUAUUACAACCUCCUCACAUUGACUACUUUGAAGAAAUCUAUGUGGUGACUGAACUGAUGCAAAGUGACCUCCAUAAGAUCAUCGUAUCACCACAGCCUCUGAGCUCGGACCACGCCAAAGUGUUUCUUUAUCAGAUUCUACGAGGACUUAAAUACCUUCAUUCUGCUGGCAUUCUACACCGAGACAUCAAACCUGGCAACCUCCUGGUCAACAGCAACUGUGUGCUCAAGAUCUGUGAUUUUGGCCUGGCCCGGGUGGAGGAGUCGGACGAGUCCCGACACAUGACUCAGGAAGUGGUGACUCAGUACUACCGGGCUCCUGAGAUCCUCAUGGGGAGCCGCCAUUACUCCAACUCCAUCGAUAUCUGGUCUGUGGGCUGCAUCUUCGCUGAGCUGCUGGGGAGACGCAUCCUCUUCCAAGCCCAGAGUCCCAUCCAGCAGCUGGAUCAGAUCACUGACCUGUUGGGGACUCCCUCUAUGGAGGCCAUGAGGACGGCGUGUGAAGGGGCCCGCACACACAUCGUCAGAGGACCCCACAAACAGCCAUCACUUCCUGUUCUGUACACACUAUCAGGCCAAGCCACCCAUGAAGCCGUGCACCUCCUCUGCAGGAUGCUGGUGUUUGAUCCGUCAAAGAGGAUCUCAGCGAAGGACGCCCUGGCCCACCCGUACCUGGACGAGGGUCGCCUGCGCUACCACACCUGCAUGUGCAAAUGCUGCUACACCACCUCCACCGGACGCGUGUACACCAGCGACUUCGAGCCCGUCACUAAUCCCAAGUUUGACGAUGAUUUUGAGAAGAAUCUCAGCUCUGUGAGGCAGGUCAAAGAGAUCAUCCAUCAGUUCAUCCUGGAGCAGCAGAAGGGGAGUCGGGUGCCGCUCUGCAUUAACCCUCAGUCAGCUGCUUUCAAGAGCUUCAUCAGCUCCACGGUGGCUCAGCCCUCUGAGAUGCCCCCCUCCCCACUGGUGUGGGAGUAGCUGCUGCUGCGUCCUCAUCUUUCCAACACGCUGCUAGGCCGGGAACAGGAACGCCUCUCAACGUCUUCUAUCGUCUGCGUAGCAUUUCACUGGAGAGCAGGACUCGCAGGUCUGCUGAAACAUGAAACAUGAAACAAAUGAAGAGAAUCCACUGAUAACUGCUUUACAGGGGUUAGAGGAGCCCGGUAUGCAAAUGAAUGCUCUGUAGACCAAAUCAGAAUGUUUUAAACAAACUCAUCUGGUUACUUCCAGGUAGAUUACAGUUAUUGUACAUUUGUUUAGCUAUAUAUAUAUAUAUAUAUAUAUAUAUAUAUGUAUAUAUAUGUAUAUAUAUAUAUAUAUAUAUAUUAAUAUACAUUUAAAAAAGAUGUCUAUUUUAAGAUUAUUGUGAUCACAAAUGGAUUAAUUUCCCUACUCAAUCAGGCCACUGAAAACUAAAUCCAACUUCUUAUUCAGACAAUCGAUUGUAAUUGUUGGUAGGCUUAACGUUUUUCCAACUGCAAGCUCCCCGUAUUUUAUAAAAACAUGCACUUGUCACAUUGAUAUUUUAACUUAUUAAAGAUGAAUUAUUACAGGCAUGUAAUCCCCCCUGUAUCCCCAAGUGUCCCCCUUUCACAGUUGGCCAUAGUUUUUAACUUAUGUCACGGUUCAUUUGCCAAAGAUCAGGAGCCUCAUGUAUAAAUGCAACAUAAAAGAUGUGGGCAAUGAUGGGAUUUAUAAAAUGAUAUCGGUGUGAACAUUUUCUACGUUUCUACACCACGUGAGGAGUUCACAAUCGUUCCAGGGCUGCGGUCUAACGGUCAAAAGAAUCAGGUGCUAUGUGUUUUUAUAACCACAUGUCCUUAAUGUCACGUGGUUAAAAGACGGAGAAUUCAUCAGGAUUUAGGAAAAAAAACUCCGUACAACAACAGUGAUAGCGUAACGUUCAUAAUAUUGAUUGAAUACUCGGUAUAUGUCAGAAGACACGGUAAGCUUGUGUCUUUUCAUUUACCAAUCACACCAUAACGCUUUGAUAUAUGUAUAUCAAAUAUAAUGGAAGUCAAUGAAUAGACUUAAACUAAAUAGCAAGACAUUUAUUUCUGGUUUUUAUACAUCUCAAUGAAGAUAAGCGUAUACUCAAAUCCACACGUUUGGCAUCCUAAAAAAAAAGGUCAGGCAUACAGGAAUGUAAUAAUUGUUUAGAUAUAUAUGUGUGUAAAUAUACAUGUUUAAGAACAAGGAAAUUAAGGCAUGCUAUUUUGCGCUAAAACUAAGGUUUAUACAUGAGGCCCCAAAACAUUUCUAAAUAUUCUCUGUAAUAUGAAGUUGAACCUGUACCAAUAUGUACAUUUUUGUCAGUCAGUCAUCAUGAAGGGGGACAGGUUUAUUUCCAUUGGAAGUAAUGAGUGUUCACAGUGCUCAGUAGAUUAGAUUUGCUGAUGCACAAUUGUAAUGAUAUUGUGUGGGCUUUUUAGAUAAAUAGUGUUUGUUUUUGUUGAAGUAGUUCAGUGUUGAAGGUGAGGGUUUAACGACUCAUUUACAUGAAGAACAAUUGAACCUUUCCAUGAAUAGGAAAUACUUUUAAAGGGACCACUCUAAAGGAUGCCCUCAUACUACCAAUAAAAAACACCUUUCCCAUGGUACUUGUACUGCUAAUACUUAGCUCAGUACUAGUGUAUUAGUUUAGUUGCCAGCUCAUAGAGUCCUAUAGUGAACCUGGAAAUGUUGAGUACACCAACGUUUUAUGAUAGAAAUGUACGGGUCCCCAGCACAAAGAAACUACUGGAUGCUAACCUGCAUUUGUUGGGCAAUUUGCACAUUUAGCAUAUAUGCUUUAAUUAGCAUGAAUUAGCAUUGGGGACAAUAGUUAAAUAAUGGCUUUGCAGAUUUGGAAAAUGUUCGAGUGGUUUUGGGGGUUAUAGAGGAUGCUGAAUCCAUUUUAGAUCUUUAUCAUAUACAAAAUUGCAGUUUUACCCAGAAAAUGACAAUAUUUGUUCUCUCGAUGGGCUGAUUUUGAUACAUUAUGGGUCGGUUUGGAAGAUUAAUGGGACUCUGGAUCAUUUGGAUUGGACAGAUCCCCUAUUUAUAAAAAAAAAAAGAACGGUCCACAGUAGAGAUAAUAAUUUUCAUUUUGUGCUCUCUAUAUCCAAUGUUCACAACACAUGGUCGUCAAAACCAGCCCACCUAGAGUACAGAUAUUGGCACUUUCUGGUUAAACUGCCAUCUUUGAUCCUGAAAAUGUCAGAAAUGGGUUCAGCAUCCUAGAUAACCCUCAAAACCACUCCAACAUUGUCCAAAUCGGCCAAGCCAUUUUCUUUAUUAUUGUUUACAUAGCACAUGUGCUAAUUGUGCAAAUUGUCCAACAUAUGCAAGUUAGCAUCCGGAAGUUUGUGCUGGGCACCCUACUAUACAUUUCUAACAUAAAACUUUAGGUUACUCAACAUUUCCAGUGUCACUAUGGCAGGCUGGCUAUAUUGCUAAACAGUCCUGUGAGCAAAACUUACAUUUUUUGUAUGAAUGAAAAUGCUCCACCCUCUUGUGUGCCUCCUAACUUCACUGUUGUUCAGUAAGGCAACUAUUAACCACUUUGCCAAACUGAGCUAACUUCACCCCAAAGAGUAGGAAGAGAAAGACUCAGGAAUAAAACCAGAGUCUGCACUGAGCUGAAACACGUUGGCCCUGUUCCCCAUCACACUUGCUUAAAUUGCUCCCUGUACAAACCACUCAAAUAGAGAGGAUUUAAAACUCCUGCAACCUGUGUGGUAGUUCGAAGAAAACUUACAUCUUACACAACCAUUUUCGACCGUAAAGCUGCAUUCACAUGAUCCGCUGUACAACGUCCUGAUUUGCCAAUCUGUUUCUAUGGAGAAGCGCUAAAGUGAAGCUCUACCCUCUGCGCUGCACACUGCUUGGAAUGGUUGCAGAGCCCUUCGCUCACAUUUACAUGUUUUUCUUUGACCUCGUUAUCACUGACCUUUCAACACGCAACCAAUCCGAUAACAGCUGUGUGAAGUGGCACAAUCUAUGACCUAACCAUAGAAACUGAACUAACCAGCUGCUGAGCUAAGAGAAACCAAGCUAAGAGACAUUUGAGUAUCAUGUGAAUCCAGCUUAACCCUAACCCUACUGUAGUCCAUCCUUCCUGUUUAUUGUCAAACUUGAGUUAACCGGUUGAUUGUGGAGGAAAGAUGUUGCUGCUUUUACUUAUAACUCCCAUAUCUGACACGUGCUGAGCAGAGGAGCUGGUUUGUGUCAGCAACAGUCCCAAUCCAGGUCGUUUUGAUCGGCACAAUGGAAAAAAACAGAUCGGGAUGAAAUUCAGUUCAUAACAGAUCAACUGAUAAGUGGAUGAGGACUACAUUCACGUAUUGUUGUGAAGGGUAAAGGUUGAGGAGGAAGAAGGCUAAUGCUACGUGUAUCAGAUCCAGAUUGUAGAGAACAUAGAGACUCUAUGGUAGCUGAGACGGGACAGUCUUCCUCUGGACGUAGAACCCUGUGUUCUUGUUAAAGGACAAAUGGGGAACAAUCAUUCUCUUGUGAACAAAAUGUUCAAAUGAAAAACGCAUCAGUAAAGAAGCAGCUUAACCUCCAAUAUUUCUUCUAUAUGAAUAUAUCAAACAUCCUACUGGGCGACUCUUUCCUAUUGCUUUCAGCUGCUCACCAUAGAAGUAGCAGGUAUAAAUGAUGGCAUGGUCUCAUCUAUAUGGGCUUUUUCUAAAUCCAGAGCUUUAGUCCCCCUUCUCUUACAUAUACACUGUCGCCCCCCCAAAAAGAGCUUUGAAGUAAAUUAUUUAAGAUAUUUUUCAGAAUUGUUUUCUAUUCCUGUUGUGUUUAACAGCAUGCAUUGUUCCCCACACCUCAAAGUAUGAUUAUGUAUAUAUGGUAAAUAUAGAAACCUACACACAAACCUAAAAAACAAAACCACUGUAUAGAAAUGGUAUUAGCCUGCACCUUUGGAGGGCUGCGAAGUUCCUUUUUAUUUUUCAAACUUGCAUACAAAUGUAUAUAUUUUCUUGAUUUUUACCCUGCUACUAGAAGAAUCCUGUAAUGAUUCCCAGAGUCAUUUGAUCUGUAUCUUGUGUGUACAGCAGAGUUGUAGAUAUAUCUAAGGAGAAGCCUUUUUUUGUUAUUGUUGUUAAUGAUUUCACCACAGCAGCACUGUGUGAAUAUGUAUAUAAAUGAUUCACCGUGUUGGUCUCUACCUCUUGAGCUCAUUAUCUUGGCUUUGUUUACCUCCACACCUUUCUGAUUUCACGUGGGGACGAUUUGAAAACACUUGAAUGUCCAUUCAAGCUUUUAUACUGAAUUACUAAUUACAUGGACUGCUCCCCCUGCAGCCUUUACCGCACUAUCCAAACACUCACCUGAAAUUUUAGAAAUCAUCAAGACGUUUGUAUUACAAAGUACCACCGAUGGCCAAGGGGUCCCUGACUGUUAGCCUAUGUUCACUCUUUGAUAGAUCAGGAGGGCAGGGAGAGGCUGCUCACCACCAAGGCUGUGUUCAAAGCUCACUGGCAACCAUUCAAACAUGACUUAUUUUAGACUUUCAGAUAACAAACUAUCUUUUUCUUUUGGCUUAUUUCAUGCGAAUGAGAAUUGGACUAGUCUCUUUAGUUUAUUGCAGGCUGUCCUAUAUAUGUUUUUUUUUAAACUAAUUAGAAGCCAGUAGAGUAGUCGCGUUUUAAAUAUGAAUCCCUUGUUGAAUUCAGUUUGAAUUUGUCUUUCAAAUUUCAAAUCAAUCACUCCUCAAUCAAUUAAAGUUUCUAUAUGGAUCUUAUCCAUUUUUUUUAUAUUUCGAAAUGGGCGCAUUUUUCGAAUCCGGCCUGCGGUCCUUUUACCCGUGUCAUCCCCUCUACCCCCCCUUUCAAAUCUUUCUUACUGAUACAAGUUGAACUGGCCCAAAAGUAAUGUUUAAGAGAUAUAUAGACAUGUGAAAUGCUUUGCCAAUAGAAAUAAAUGUGAAAAAAGAGACAUUUGUGAUUCCUGAUAUUUCGCAACCAAGAGCCGGGUUGGAUAUGAAACUCUAGUAUGAGAAGCUCUAAAAAUAUAUAUAUAUAUAUAUAUAUAUAUAUGUGUUUCCAUUUGUUCACAGAGCUUGGAUUGACUGCAGGCUAGUUAUUCCCCCAUAACUGCACACUAUUCUUCUGCUGUUUGGAUAAUAUUUCUUCCUAGUGUUGGCAGAGAUUGUGUCAACACAAAGUUUUAACCCUAGAAAACCAAACAAAAAUACACUAAAUGAAAAAGAACUCGUUUCUCCAGGGCGACAUUUAGAAAAAAGGAAAAUCCAGCAAACCAAGGCACAGCGUUACCUGUUUGAAACCAAAUAUUGAAGUGCUCUCUAUGAAACUAAACAAUAACAAGUCAUGAUCAUGUAGAGAUCCAACUGGAAAUGUGCCCUUGGUAAUAAAUUAGCUUUCAGAUUCAACUGCCAGGUUUGUUACAAAUACACAGAUUAAGGCCAUGUUGAGUCAUUUCACUCAGAAGUGGACGCAGCGUUGGAGUCGGACAAAAUGCCCUGAGACCUCCGGGGUCUGGAACUAUAGAGGAUGCCCUAUUUCAUUUCCCUUAGGCCCCACUCCCACUCAUACUUCUUGAAUCCAUUGAUUAAAACUCUAUUCAAGUGUUCGUACUAGGUGGUUGACAUACCUCUAAAAAUGUACAGAUUUACAGACUUUAUAGUAUUUCAGCCCAAAUGACCUGGCUGACUUUAACGGAGGCUUGGUAUUAAUGCAGUCUUUAAUAUGUUUCUGUUUUUAAGUACUUACAAAUCCCUUUUGCCAAUCAACUGCAUAGAUUAUACUACUCCCUCCUAGAAUCCUCCACAAAGCCACCUGGAUGUCUGGUGUUUCUUAAUUACCUUGUGUUUUAUAUGACAGAAACAUAUUAAAGUGUUUACCUACAUAUUCAUUUUUUUUAAGGUGUCAGUCAUUAAACUCGCUGUAGCUCCCUUUUCAAUUGGUUCCCUACGAUAAGGCUCAUCAUUUGGUUUUUACCACAUGGAAACAGCUUCACAAGGGAUUUACCACCUCGAACCCUGCACAUUGACAUGUGUAUUAUUCAUCGUUGACGAUUAUCCCUUAACUAUUCUGAUACUGGUUACAGAAAAGAGACAUGCCAUGGGUGUCUAUUGGAAACUUGAUGGGAAUUUUCUCAGGAAUGAACACAGCUAGCAGUGGUACAGUCCCUCUCCCUCCCCCAGCUCCUGUAUGAACUAUUUGUGUAGAUACUAGCUUCCUAUAUGUUUUAUUUUGUGUUGGAAUGAAGUACUUGAAUCAAAUGAUGCUCAUUUUGAAAAAUUGUAGAGUAAUAACUGACAAAUGUGUGUUAGACUAACCCCAACGCAGCAACUACUACUCUUUGGAUUCAUAAUUUGCUGUCUUAUACAAUGUUUGUAUAUUUGAUGUUUUAAUCAGAUGCAUUGUAAUUUGAAUAAAACUUGCAGUAUAUACAGUACAUAGAUGUAUCUAAUAAACUCUGCGUUCAAGCACUGUAAAUCAAACUUAAUGACUAAAUAUUAGUUGUCAUAUGGGAUGUGUUAAAGGUUCCAUCGAAAGAAUAAUGGUGAAAACAUUAAAUGUGACAUCUAACGAUU